AACCUUCCCAAGUGCAAAAAUCUUCUGCAACAAUGAAGGCUUGGGCUGAUGACCAGUGGCUGCAGAACUUUUGGAUGGUCCACAUUUCUGCAUCUUUGUGCAAAACUCACCAAAAUACAAGCUGCACUGACAGUGGAGAAGAAAAAACAACUGUACUACGGGGAUCUGCAACACCAGAUUAUUAUUGGUCAAUCACUGCUCUCUCUCCUAAACUAAGAUGGAAUGGAUUUCUUUAAUAUUCAAGACUGUGAGCUAAGAUCAUCAGUGAAGACUCAGGAGUUCAAGCUUCCUGGAGUGGAUUCUUCAGAUUUCCAGACAACGAUUUUCUCCAAAAAAGUUGCACCAAGCAAAAAAUUACCUCACUACACAUAAUGGCAAGGAAAUCUUUUGAAGAAAAAAUUGCAAAUGUUUUGGCAUACAUAAGGAGUAGCACAUAUCCUGAAGGAAUGAAUAAAGCAGGCAGACUGAACCUGCGUCGAUAUGCUGUCAACUUUUCAUUGGAAGAGGGGAGAUUGUUCCAUUCAGCAAAAGGAAGAAAGGUUGUCGUUGUGCAUACCAUGAAAGAAGCCCUGCAACUCUUUAAAAGGUAUCAUGACAGUCCAGAGGGUGGACAUCUAGGAAUAUUCAAAACCAGGAAUGCGCUGACAUCAAAAUACUAUUGGCCAGGGAUGACAGAAGACAUUGCCAAUUGGGUUGCACAGUGUCUGACUUGCCAGAAAGAGGGAAAGCAAUCAAAUCUGGAUACCACCUUGAAAAGCAUAAAGGUGAAUUUUUGAAUCAGACACGUUAUGGUUUAUCAUUAUCCAUGGUUAUUUCUGCAAUACAAUGAGGCUUUGAUUUUGAAACAAGUUCAAUGCAUGUCACUCGGAUCUGGGAAUUGGUGGGAAUGGAUUUAAUAGGACCGUUACCAGUAACAAAGGAUGGAUACCAGUAUAUACUUACAGCCAUAGAUUAUCUUUCAAGAUGGGUGGAAGCCUUUCCACUUAGAAAUAAGUCGUCAAUUGAGGUGGUACAGAUCAUGUUCAGCAUGAUUCUUCGACGUGGAUGCCCACAGCGGAUACUGACAGAUCGUGGUGCAGAAUUCAAUAAUAAGGUAAUGAUUUCUUUUUUUCUGGUUAUUUGUACUGUGUACUCAAAGUCACUGUCAGGUCACCCAUAGAUCUCUAACAACCACCAUCUUUUCUUUUUAUAUAUAUAAACUGCUGUUGGUCACCAUCAGUGUUGCUAUAAAAUUAUUUUUCUUCAUAUCUAACAAAGAAACGAACAACUACUUGUUUCCAAAACAAAUAUGAGAAGACAGUUAUGCCUGUUGCUAAUUACACUUAAAAGUAGUGGCCCAUACCCAAAGGAAAAUUCCUCUACACAAGUCUAUAUGUACGUUUAUGGUGUAACUUUUUUUCUUUCAGCUUAACUUGUAUGUUUGUAAUAAAUUAGGAAUAGAACGUAGCUUCACCAGUCCGUACCACCCAAAAACCAAUGGCUUGACUGAAAACGCUAAUAAAUCCAUAAAAAGGUAAGUGAAUGGUGGGAAUCGUACAGUAAUAAUGGCAAGUAGAAUGUGCUAUACUAAAAGAUGCAACUCCCAAAAAAAUCUUCAAAAGCAAUGUGUUACAUGGAAAUCUUUUUUUACAUUACGUAUUACACCUUUUUGAUUGUGUCUGAUCAGUUUCAAACAAGACCGUACAUGUGACUUUCUUUUCUUAAACAAUCAAAUCAAUGUGCCUUUGUUACAGAGCACUGCGGAAGAUGGUUGAUAACAAUGGGAGCAAUUGGGAUAAAUUACUUGAACCCAUUUUGUUUUCUUUGCGAACUAAAAUACAUGCAACAACAAAAUUUUCACCUUUCCGACUAAUGUUUUGUGAUGACGCAGUGUUUCCAGAAGAUGUCUUAGAUAAUUACACGAUCCCAGAUCUGGAUAUGUUCGGGGAAGAUUUCUGCAAAGAGUACAGCAUGAAUAUGAAAUCGAGACAUGACGCUGACAUUGCGCUGGCCCUAAGUAACAUUGCUAAAGCACAAGAAAAACAACAAAGACAUUAUGCUAAAAGAAAGACUUCUAAAUAUGGGGAAAUAACAUUUGAAGUUGGGGACUCUGUUCUGUUACUGAAUGCUAGACAGAGAACAAGAAAAGGAGGAGUAUUGGAAUCUAAAUAUCGGGGACCAUACAAAAUUAUGAGUGUUGAAGGUAAGAGAGUGAAAUUACAAACCAUCUCAGGGAAACAGUUAGGAACCAUGUACAGUAUUGCACACUUAAAACCAGUAAAAGAACCAACAACAUUAGCUGCUGAAAGCACAUCAGAGGGAAAAACUGGAACUGAAAUUGGAGUUGGUGACAGUGAACCAGAAACACCCACGGAAGAGAUUAGAGAAGUGGAUGGCACUGUAUCUCUUGACAGCAAAAUGGAAAACAUAGAGGUCACAGCAAUAGAAAAAGAGGAAUAUAUAGGGCAAGAUGUGUCAAACAAUGAUACAAGUGAUGCUGAUGACAGCUUUGAUGACAUGCUUACAGAGGAAGUGGAAGACAAGCAAUGGUUUCUGAAAGUAAAAUUGUUAAUGACCAGCAAACACACAGAGAGACUAGAGGCCAAAGUGAGAAACAUAAAAUUAUAUGGCUCUUCAUUUCAUUGCCUGAAACCAAGAAGCUGGAUAAGUGAUGAGGUUAUUGAUGCAAUUUUGAGCUGUGUAGUUGAGAAAGCAGAUGGAAAGGUACAAGCCAUCUCAUCAGUAGUUUCCACUGCCAUUCUCUCAGGCAGAGCUACACAAAUGAAAGUGAAGAGUGAAUUACUUCAAAAUGAUAUAUUACUGCUUCCUUACCACACACCAGGUCAUUGGGUUCUUGCGAUAGCCUUGAUGAAAAAAAAGGAAUUGUUAAUAAUUGACCCCUUGUGUGAUGAGAUCAGAUAUGAAAGAACAUGCCUGAGGAAUUGGAGAAACUUCAUCAAACGAUUAACUAGUAAAUCCUCAUCUGAUUGGAACAGUAAAAUUGUGGAGCAUCCCAGACAAAGUGAUGGUCACAACUAUGGACCACUCAUCUUAAAGUUUGCAGAAACAUAUUUGCAGCACAAAGACAUCAGUACGGUGGAAACAACACAGAAGGCUAAUACUGCGUUUAGAAGACAUAUAGCAAUUCUUCUAAUGAAGGAGUCAGAAAGCGUGGAGGACUACUGCAUAUACUGCAACCUUAUCGACUGUGAAAAAGAAAGUGAGGAUUGCACGAUGGUCCAGUGUGAUUCUUGCAAGAGGUGGGCACAUAUACCAUGCAUUACAGAAGGAAACAAUCAAGAAAACCUGACAUAUGAGAAGAAAGAGUACAACUGCAAGACAUGUGCAUAGUUCACUUCAUUAACAAAAAGAAAAAAGGCAAUAAAGAAAACCCAUUGUUUAACUGCCUCUUGUUCAAAACAUAAUGCAACCCAAAGAAAUAUAUUUCUAUGUAUACAAUAGAU